AAUAAUACAGCAAACACACAUGAAAGAAGGUGUUCUUCUUUCAUGUGUCUGCACACAAAAGACACUGAUCUAUCACAAAUAGAUCUGUGAGCGCCAUCUCGUUUUUUUGCAUUCCCAAGUUAGAUAACUUCACUGCAAGGUGUGCAGAAUCUUAAUUUUACUCAAGUAAAUUGUUUGGCUAUCAUUUAAGUGCUUCGUGUAGAGGAAACCAGACACUCUUAAGAGCCAUUGAAUGAAACAUGGUUGUGGCAGUAUCAUGAUAUAGAGAUACUUUUCUUCAUAAUACAUAGGAUUGCUGGUCGGAGUUAAUGCCUAAAGUGAUACUGGAAGAAAACCUGAAUAAGGCCACAAAAGACUUGAGAAAGAGGUGAAGGGUUAUCUUCCAACAGAACAACAUGAUUUGCAGAUGUAAUUUUAGUGAAAUUUUUGGUGGUGCAACAAAGUAUUAAAUCAAGACCCUGAAUGUUAAAUGAGAUUUUUGUUUACAAUUUUUUUUUUUUUUUCAAAGACUGCAUCUUUUCUUUCUACUUCAUACUUAUGCACUGUUUUUUGUUUCUCUAUCCCUCCAAAAACCCUCAACUAAAUAAAUAUGGGCAAAAAAACAAUGAUAUCUUACUUAGCUUUUCACACAUUUCCGACAAAACAAAAUAUAGGUAAAGAUUAAACAAAAUCUAAGCUUUGUAUUUUACUCUAAUUUCGAAAGCAUUGCAUUUUAUUUUUGAAGCCUGUUAGUCUUUCCCCAUCCCUACCAGGUCAAAACCCCUGCCGGGUCGUGCAUGACGUUUCUACCGCUGGGCGCAUGCGCAAAGAAAAACCUGUCCAGGUUUUCUUCCGGUGUUAGAGCAACAAGCAAAAUAUGAUUCCUUUAACGACUUAUAAAUGAUGUUUGUUGUUAAGCACGAGAUCGGGCGGCAUAUUUUUAGCUUACAUUUAAAUUUUAGUGCAUGAGGGUAAAUAUUUGCAAACCGGAAGAGGACUGAGAGCGGUGGGGCUUGAGAGCCGGCUGGAUGCCGGUGUUACGUACGGUGUCUGCUGCCAGGUGUUCUUGGACCUUAUGGCCGAAGUUGCGCCAUGGUCUCCGGCCUGUCUGUGCGUCCUCUGCGGACUGCCUGCCGCCGGGAAGUCAACGCUGACCCGCAGGAUUGUGGGUACCGCGGCGAAGCACGGAUGGAGAGCAGCAGUCGUGUCCUACGACGAGCUGAUCCCCGAGAAGGCUUAUUACACCGAAGUGGAGGAGGAUGGUCUCAAUCUGACAGACAUGCACUCCAAUUGGAAGUCCUACAGACAAGCUGUGUUGCAGUGCAUAGAGCAGGUCUUGGAGCAGCCUGACCCGGUGGUAGAGUUGCCAAGCAAUCCUCUCAUCAAUGGAGCUGCAUGGCAACCAUGUUUUCAAGCUCUGCUGCAGCCUAAAGAGUCGCACAGUGAUGGGAUGCCACUGCUCUUUCUUCUAGAUGACAACUUCUACUACCCAAGCAUGAGAUACGAAGUGUACCAACUUGCAAGAAAGCUGUCGCUGGGUUUCUGCCAGGUGUAUCUGCAGUGUGACUUAGAGACCUGCAUCAGGAGGAACCAAAGCAGACCUAAGCCCAUUCCCGUCAAAGUGAUCAUGGAAAUGGAGAAGCGUUUGGAAUUUCCAAAUCCACAAAAGAACCCAUGGGAAUCCCAAAGCAUCUCGCUCAACUCGACAAACGAUGUGUCCAAGUCCGACAUCCAGAGAGUAAUGGAGUUGAUCUCUGUGGCAUUAGACAAUCCAUUGAGCCCAGCUGAAGACAACAGUGAACAAAAGGAAGCUGAUCGUCUCAAGUGCGCCACGAGUGUGGUCCACCAGGCUGAUCAGGCCUGUCGGCGUCUGAUAUCGGAGGCUAUGAAGGUUGCCAGAGAAAAUCAAGUCCCUUCUGAACACAUGCGGGUUCUGGCUGCUCGGCUGAACGAAUGCAAAACGACUUUCCUUCACGACUUGCGGAAACGGUUCCUGCAGGAGGUGUGUUUCCUUCAAGAGGAGGACAUCAGUGUGGAGCAGGUGGUGAAGAAUGUUUUUGAUGUCAAAAAGAAUGAAAUCCUGUCACAGUUUUUAAGUAACCACCAAACAAUGUAAUGUUCUUUUUCAAGAUCACGUCAAAGAAAUUAUUACAAUGAAUGGUUGAUCUCUGUAUAUAUUUAAAUUCAAAUAAAAUUUAUUUUUGCUGACAAUUU